GGUCGGCCCGCGAGGACCCCGCACGGCCAAGAUGGCGGCGCCCGUGAGACGGGCCCACGGCCUGCUCGGCUUAGCUGCGGCACUGAGCCCCGCCUGCCGCGGCUACCGGGCGCCGCCGCCCCCGCGCCGCUCGCCGGGGCCCUGGUGGCCGGACCCGAAGGACCCGCUGACCCCGCGCUGGCAGCUGGGGCCGCGUCACGCGGCCAAGCAGUUCGGGCGGCACGGCGCUGCCUCCGGGGUGGCCGCCGGGUCGCUGUGGCCGUCGCGGGAGCAGCUGCGCGAGCUGGAAGCCGACGAGCGCGAGUGGCACCCGAGUCUGGCGGCCAUGCAGGAGUCGCUGCGGGUGCAGCGGCUGGCCGAGGAGCAGGAGCGCCGGGCCAGAGAGCAGCACAUUGCGGAGUGCAUGGCCCGGAUGCCCCAGAUGAUCGAGGACUGGCGGCGGCAGCAGCGGGAGCGCUGGGAGAAGGCCCAGGCGGAUAAGGAGCGGCGGGCACGGCUGCAGGCCGAGGCCCAGGAGCGCCUGGGCUACCAGGUGGACCCACGGAGCAAGCGCUUCCAGGAGCUGCUGCAGGACAUGGAGAAGCAGCAGCGCAGGCGCCUCAAGGAGGAGAGAAAGAGGCAGAAGAAGGAGGCACAGGCCGCGGCAAUGGCUGCUGCCCAGGACCCAGCAGCCUCUGGGGCACCCAGCUCCUGAAGCUGUCCUUUCCCAAUAAAGCUUGCUGUCUGAACGGC